UGGGCGUUGUGCGUAGGAGCCGAAUUAGGACAGUUAGUUUACAGUUAUUGCCUGGCGUGUGUGCAUUGUAUGUACACUACAGGUUCAUCAACUAAGCACAUCAUUGAGCAACACUCGCCGCAUAUAGCUGUUCGUCUUAUCUACAGUGAACACAAAUGUCACACGAAGCUAGAGAGCUACAGGCAGAUUGGAGAUUAUGUAAUUAAAAGUGAAAGUUUGGGGAAAUACGAUUUGAAGUUUCAUUUGGAAGGGCAAGUAAUUGUUUAAUAAACAGAUUGGAAUCAGUCAGGGACAGGAAUGGCCGCGGAGAAGAAGGAAAUUCCUUGCGAGGAUCGGCAGGUGGUGCUUGGACAUGAGAUUGGAUCAGGAGCACAGUGUCUUAAGUGCGGACCUGCCUGCACUGGAUUAGAACUCCACUUCUGGCGGAGAAUCUGUAAGAUUUGUAAGUGUUCACCAGAGGAACAUGCCGUCACAGUACAAGUGCAAGAGACUGUCCGCAAGGUUGGACGCCUCUUCGAUGCCUCCAAGUUGGAGAAGUACACCAUUGAUCGCAUGACCAUGGAGCAUACAGAGAUGAUGGCCAUGCCCACCGACGAGACGGCCAAUGCUGACUCCAAUGCCGCCCAAAAAAUUACCUUUGAGUGGAUCCCGCAAGGGGCUACUGAAAACCUGGCCAAGCGUUACAUGGAGAUGAUCCCCAUGGAGAACCAGCCCAUAGAGGGUACGUCCGGGGCGCAGCACCGCAAUCGCCAGAUUCAGAAGCAGCUUCCAGACCAUGACCAGCAGCCGGAGCUCUGCCAGCAGCUCAACACCGAGGAGGCUGAGAAGAUGGCAGACUUUGUCAAAGACUACAAGGAGAAGGCUGUCGGCAUCGGGCAGGUCCAAGCAGUGGUCCCCCACUCAGCACCACAGAGACAGAUGCAGAACAUGUCCCUGGAUGACAAACCCCAAGGUCAACCUGGAGCCCCUGAUGUGAUCGUAGGAUCGGACAGUCAGCCUAUCAAGUCAUCGGUGGGCGUUGGCAACGAGCAUGCUUCCCCUGCACGGACUGCCGUGGGAGCUGAGACACCUAAAGCUGGUGGGGAUUCAAAAUGGAAAUGUUGCCGCUGCACCAAGGGCAUGACUGGAGGUGAUGUAGCCGUAUUCGCAGAGCGUGCCGGUAACGAUAAAUGCUGGCAUCCAGGCUGUUUCCGUUGUAGGACUUGCAACGAGCUGCUGGUGGAUCUAAUCUACUUCUACAAGGAUAAUGAUAUCUUCUGUGGACGCCAUUACGCUGAUCUCCUCAAACCACGCUGUGCUGCUUGCGAUGAGCUGAUUUUCUCAGAGAAGUACACCCUAGCGGAGGAGUUGAGCUGGCAUAUAGAUCACUUCUGUUGCUGGAACUGUGAUACGGUCCUUGGUGGUAGACGCUAUGUGGCUAGGGAAAGCCACCCCUACUGCUUGCCAUGCUACGACAAGCUCUUUGCAAAGUACUGUGGCACAUGCAACGAAAAGAUCGAGGCCGACAGCAAACGUCUGAACCAUGAGAACAACUUCUGGCACGCUGACUCUGUCUGCUUCAAGUGCUCCACGUGUAGUGUGUCUCUCGUUGGACGUUCCUUCCUCCCCAAGGAUCAAAACAUCUUCUGUUCUGUGCAGUGCAAACGGAAGUACUUUAACCAGUGAAGGAUGGUAUUUAUAGUAGCAUUCAUACUAAUUAUGCCAGAGACCUGCUGGAAAGAUGUAAAAUAACAAAAUGUGGGGCAAAUGUUUCCUGUUUAUGUGUACAAACAUUCAACAACAACAAAUACACACAAAAAAGUGAGGAGAACAAAAAUUACAUGGUGUCAGUUUUGUUUUACCAGUUUAAAGGUGGGGUCAUACUUUGGUGAUGACCCUGGCAAAAGAUUUUGACAUUUCUAUCCGCAGGCCUACUAAAGACGGUACUAAAGACAUAUCCUGUGAAUGUACUUUCUCAGAAAUACCCUUCACUCACUCAUACAAGUGUGUAUACGCCUGCAACCGGGGACCUCCUGUUGUCCCUCUUUUGUUUACAUUCAACUUGUUUAGUGUACCACCUUGUUUCCUUGCACUGAUGCCAAAGAAAACGGAAAUACACCUUGCGACAAUUUUGUGCAAGCUGAUUUCCUAUUUGCUGCUAAAAGGCGUCGCAUAUCUUACUUGUAAUAGGAUGAUGUCACAUUUUAUGAACACCUUGAGCUCAUGUGUGUAGAAAGCAAUUAUGGCUCAAUUUCAACUGUUAAAGAGACCUGUUGCCUUAGGAUAUCAUAUGGGUGGUUUGGGCUAUGAAUGAAUAUGGUUGGAAAGAAUAAGGUUUUACGUUGAGAACGAACACGGUCUGUAUUUUGUGGAGUCAAAUAUUUUGAUGGUCUUGAACAAGUAACUGGUAUACAGUACAAAUAAAGAGUAGAUCCCCUUGCACAGGUUGCCAUCACUAAACAAUGGAAAAUACACUCUACACUUGUCUCUCAGUAGUCUUGGUGCAAGAAGUUGAUUUUUCACUAACACUCAACCAUAUCGCAAUCCCCACUACACUUCUCCUCGCUGCGCACAUUACUAUCAAUCGAAAGCGGGCGCUGUUGGAAAACUUCCAGAGACCUUAUUGCAAAUACUCGGUACAGGCGCUGUAGGCGUUGAAUGAGGUGCAUGCUGGUCUAGCUAGCGCUCAAGUUUGAUCUCUAGCUAGACCAGCAUGCACCUCAUUCAUCAGUUAGCACUUGUGCAAUGGGUAUUAGCGGAAAGGUCUAAAUCACAGAAACACCCUCUAUCGGUGGAAUAGUCACGACGUGUGUAGGGUUGUUGAGUGUAUGGGGUCUAUGGUAUUACCAUGGAGGUUGACCAACUCAACAAAGAACGUCUUGCACCAAGAUUGUCUCUCAACCAAUGAUAGGUCUUCCUUUAACCUCGUUGAGGGUGCUGUUUGGGUUUGUGAAUUCAAAUGCAAUGGGUUUUAUUAAGUGUUUAACCAACAUUUGGUUGUGACUUGUUACUUGUAUGUUACUUGAGUACAUUUCCAAGUGAAUCUAAUGGAACAGUCUUUCUUAUAACUUGUUAAUUUACAUCUUGUAAAAUGGCAUAACAAGGUGUAUGUCUCCUUCUUAAGUAUGAUGAGGAUUUUGAUCUGAGAUUCUUUGAGUCCACUUAGAAUUGUACCACCUCCAAAUAUCAAAACAUAAAGAGAGAGAGAGACGGUGGUUCAUUUUCCUUCUUCUUUUCUUGGGACAAAUCCUUUAAUUAUUACUGAAAAUGUGGAUAGUCUUUGUUUUUGCACAGAAGCCAGAAUUAUUUUGGGAUUAUAAAAAUGUUUAUAUUUAAGUAUGGUUAAACUUUAGACACACUUUACUCUAAUAUAGACUAACUUGUAAAAAUAACUAAAACAAGCUGAGCAAUUUUCCCAUUCUUUUGAUCUAUUUUCAGACUACAUGGGUGGGUCUAUGGGUUAAACUACCACUCUUCCUACUUCAGUCUAAUUUCCGGGUACAUGUAUUUAAUACAAGGCACAGCUCUUGUUAACUAUGUAAUCGUGAAACAUUAGUCAAUCCUUUAGAAGGAAAUAUUAGACAGUACAUAAGGUGAAUGUAAAUUCGCAUAAACAAAUAAACAAAAAUUUACACAUUUGUAUAUUAUCCAUAAGUUGUGUGAGUUUUCAUCGCUUAUAAUUUGAUGCAGAUAUUUUAUGCAGAAUUUAUACCAAAAUCACCAACAGUAGCCUUUUGUUGUGUAAAAAAAACAAAACAAGUAUUAAUGUCUUUGAUUAACAUGUGAUGGCGCAAUUCAAGCUUGUCACUCUUAAAACACAAAUCAUGUCAAAAUGAUAUUACAAAUAUUUGCCUUAUUAGUGUGAAGUGUAGCAUUUCUUGUAGAUGUAUUAUUGUUAUAUUAAAUCGAGCACUACUGUUAUUGGUGUUUAAAUUGUUAAUGGCCAAAUUGAAGCAUAAUUUCAUCGCUUGUAUGGUUGGAUUUAUGGAUUUUUUUCUUUUUUUCUUUUUCCUAAUUUAAAAAAUCAAACAAUUGUUGUUACACAGAUAUUAUUUCCCCCUUUUUGUACUGACUAUCUCAUGUUUAAGUCCCUGUUUAGUAAUUAUUGUUUGCUUCGGCUUCUGUGUUGAUUAUGUUGGUCCAAUCUCACAUGAUGAUAUUAAAUGCUAUGAUUGUCUCAACAUUAAUUAUCUUUUAUUAAAUUUUCUGUUUACGCUGCUUCUGAUAAUUACACAUUUAAAUAAAAUAUUCACUUUCUAAUUGACGUAAUCCAAUUUUGUGGAAUUAAUAACUGGGUUUGUAUAAUGUUGUACGGACAAAUAAUGUUAUUAUGAAUAAACAACAAUGAUCUUUGA